AUGUUAGUGAAGCUGGUGAAGUAUGUUCGUGAUGAGUUGAGUUUGGUUUAUGAUAUUUCUGUGACACGGUGUUGGAUUGAUUCGUCUAUUGUUUUAUAUUGGAUUAAAAAUGUUAAUAAGAAGUAUGAGGUGGUUGUCGAACGGCGAGUUGGUAUCAUUCGUGAUUUAGUUUCACCGGACAGUUGGUUUCAUGUGGAGUCAAAGGCAAAUCCUGCGGAUAUUUUGUCGAGAGGUUGUUUGGUAUCUGAGUUGGUGAACAAUAACUUAUGGUUUUCAGGACCUGAUUUUUUGCGCGACACUAACAUCUCAGCUUCGAGUUUUAAUUUCAGUAAUUUCAAGGUUGAUGAUUCGACUUGUUUAAUUGUUGGUAACGACGAAUCAGAGGAGAGCACCGAAGAAGAAAUUGAUUUAAAUUUUAUGAACAUUGCACGAUAUUCUAAUUACACACGUUUAUUGCGAAUUACCGCAUUGGUUUUACGAUUUGUUGGAAACCUCAGAAAAAAGCGUCGUAAGGAAGAAUUGGUUUUACAUACAUUUGUUACAAAGGACGAGCAGUUGCAUGCAGAAAAACUGUGGAUUAAAUAUGCGCAAAAAGAUAUAAUUCAACUUCCGAGUUACAAGCAGUUACAAAAAGAUUUACGAUUUCAAAAUAUUGAUGGUAUUAUUCGUUGUAAGGGACGCUUAGAAAACGCUCCUUUAGACUUUGAUACUAAGUUUCCGAUAUUUUUACCGAAAAAAAAUCCUUUAACUAGGCUAGUCAUUUUGCAUUAUCAUGUUCAAGUUUUGCAUAAUGGUUUGAAAGAAACACUUAAUGCCAUCAGAUCGAAAUUUUGGAUUCCAAAAGCACGAAAUUACAUAAAGCAGUUAAUCCGACAGUGCUAUUUAUGUCGUUAUUAUGAAGGGAAAUCUUAUGCGUAUCCUGUUUCACCAGCAUUACCGAAAUCACGACUAUCCAAUCAUCAUCCGUUUAAACAUACUGGUCUCGACUAUGCCGGACCUUUAUAUGUUCGAAAUGUUUAUCAUGGUGGAAGUAUGUAUAAAGCUUGGGUGUUCUUAUUUACUUGUACCAGUACCAGAGCUUUACAUUUGGAUUUAGUUCCUGAUGCUUCGUCUUCAGGUUGUAUUCGUAGUCUUCGCCGAUUUUUCAGUGAACGAGGUAUUCCCUCUGAAAUUAUUUCUGAUAAUGGUAGUCAAUUCAUUGCCGAAGAUACGCAACGAUUUUCGUCAAAUCGAGGAAUUAAAUGGCAUUUUAAUUUAGAAGCCGCUCCUUGGUGGGGAGGGAUGUUCGAAAGACUUGUAAGAUCCGUUAAACGUUGUUUAAAGAAGACUUUACACAAUACCAGAUUAUCGUAUGAAGAACUACUGACUGUUCUAGCUGAAAUUCAAGCAGUUAUUAAUAACAGACCGCUGACAUUUUUGUAUGAAAACAUAGGUGAGCAACCAUUAACACCUAACCAUUUAUUAUUUGGGAGAAAAAUUAAUUUGGAAGCUUCACAUAUUGAUAGCGAUGAAAAUGAAAAAGAUUUGUGUCAACGUUAUGAUCAUUUGCAACGUAUCAUAAACCACUAUUGGAAUCGAUGGAAAUGCGAAUAUUUGACAGAGUUACGCGAAUAUCACAGAGUUGGCAAAUCACGUGGUGAAACUUCUAUUCGAAUCAACGAUGUUGUUUUAAUUGAGGAAGCAAAGCAACCGAGACAAAAUUGGAAAAUGGGAGUCGUUGAAGAGUUCGUACCAUCACGUGACGGCAAGAAACGCGGAGCUGUCGUUAGAUAUGUUCUCAAUGGAAACACACAUACAAUAAGAAGACCGAUAAACAAACUUUAUCCUGUUGAAUUAGCGAAAGACGAAGCUGAAAAGAAAGAAGAAGUAAAUAUCACAUUCAUUGACGAAAAUGAUAUCAUAACGAACAUUUAA